AUGAGCAUGUGGUUACGUUUCGCCUGCCUCGCAACUGGAGCAACGAGGGGUCUGGGCCUCCACGGCGCCGUCGCCUCUCCACUUCGGCCUCGGUUCCAGCAUCCUGAAAGAGCACAAGACAGCGAGGAGAAAAUUUUUAUCAGAUCAAAAGGUGGCGCCAAAGAGUGGGAUGGCGCGGACAGGGUAUCAGACGCGUCGAGUACUCGGUACAAGUACGUCACGGCGGCGAAGGAAGACGCAUCUCUGGGGCGUGGUGGCUGCUCGACUACUGCAUUGGCGGCGGAGACGACCGUCUUCUUGUCCAGGGCCAAGCAAGGAACGGUCGUCUCGGGGCUGUCGAAUGUGGCCCUCCACUAA